ACAUAUGAAAUCGUUGCGCGGCUUAGUCCACAUUGUCACUGCGGAAGAUCAGACGUCUGGUCUGAUUCAGGAACUCCAGCUGCAAAAUGGAUAACAUUGAAAACAUUCUGAGAGACCUGCAGCGAUUCGCAUGGCCCGACUAUGUAGCCUUCGUGGCGAUGUUUCUGCUAUGCAUUGGCAUUGGCAUUUACUUUGGUUUCAUGAAGAAAUCCAUGUCCGAGGAUGACUAUAUGCUAGGUGGCCGCAAAAUGCUGGUGGUGCCCAUUGCCUUCUCCCUGGUGGCCAGCUUUAUCUCUGGAAUCACAUUACUAGGACUGCCCACAGAGGUGUACUCGUACGGUAUACAGUAUCUAUAUGUAUCCUUCGGAGUCAUUGGCAUGGGCAUUGUGAUGGGUGUCUUCUAUUUGCCCGUUUUCCAUGAUCUGAAUAUUACGUCCACCUAUGAGUACUUGGAGGUACGUUUCGAUCGUCGUCUUCGUUUAUUUGGUUCAAUUAUGUUCGCAAUUAUGAAUGUAGCCUAUCUUCCCAUUGUGAUCUAUGUGCCGGCACUAGCAUUCAAUCAGGUAACCGGAAUAGGUGUUCACACCAUUACGCCGAUUGUCUGCAUCAUUUGUGUGUUCUACACCAGCAUGGGUGGCCUGAAGGCUGUUGUCUGGACGGAUGUGGUGCAGGCGGUGUCCAUGUUGGGCGCCCUUGCUCUCGUUGCCAUAAAAGGAAGUAUGGACAUUGGUGGAGCUAGUGUGGUAGUGGAACGCGCUUGGAACUCAAACAGACUGGAGCCUCCAGAUCUCAGCAUUGAUCCCACAGUGCGUCAUACAUUUUGGUGCUUAUUUCUGGGAGGCAUUGUAUACUGGACGCAGACCAAUGCCGUCUCCCAGAACAUGAUUCAGCGUUAUCUAUCCCUGCCCACCUUAGCGGAUGCUCGCAAGGCUCUGGUCAUCUUUUGUGUUGGCGUCUUGAUCCUGAUGGCCUUGUGUGGCUACAAUGGACUGCUCAUUUAUGCGACAUAUCAGAACUGUGAUCCACUUACUACCAAGCUGGCGAAGGCACGUGAUCAGCUUCUGCCUCUCUUUGUGAUGGACACGCUGGGAGAGUUGCCUGGAAUGACGGGUCUAUUUAUUGCAGGCGUCUUUAGUGCUGCUCUCAGUUCGCUUUCCACCUGCCUGAACUCCAUGUCUGCCGUUGUCCUGGAGGACUUUGUUAAACCCUAUGUAAAGAAACCGUUAUCGAGUCGGGCCACCAACUGGGUCAUGCGUAUGGUGGUCGUAGGCAUUGGAGCGCUUUGUGUAGCCUUGGUCUAUGUGGUUGAGCAUAUGGGCACUGUGCUGCAGCUGACAAUGAGCCUGGAGUCGAUAACAAAUGGACCUCUAUUUGGCAUCUUUACUAUUGGCAUAUUCAUGCCGUGGAUCAGUGGAAAUAGCGCUAUUCUCGGUGGCUGCGUCGGAGUCGUAGUCAUGUCUUGGGUCAGUCUGAAUGCGCAGUGGGCCAUCGCAUCUGGCGCCAUUCGUUAUCAAACCAAACCGCUAAACGUUGAUCAAUGCAGCUACAGCUUCAAUGCAGCUGCUCUGGUUUCCAGCGCUGCCAAUGCUACCCAUCUUCAUGGACCCUCAGCGGAGGAUAUAUUUCCUCUGUAUAGAAUAUCAUACAUGUGGUACACGACCUUAGGCGCCUCGGUUACCAUAAUCGUUGCACUGUUCAGCACUUUGUUCUUCAGCACUAACGUUCCAAAUAAAGUUGAUCCGGUAUUGCUUACGCCUUGUAUUCGAAGGUUCUUCAAGCCUGACUCACACGAGCCAAAGAUCGAAGUUCCACUUCAACACAAACUGCGCAGCGAUGAGGUGGCUCUUUAGUUAAUUCUAUUUCCACAAACAAAUAUGGAAUAUAUACAUUAUAUAUACAGAGAUAAGUGGAAAUAUAUGCUUAAACAAAUCA